CAGGACUCCACCCUUUAGAAAAAAGAACGUUGAAAUCUUCCAAUGGAGCUGCAUCCAGCUCGACUGACGGCUUGUACCGACUCCUCAUCGGUUGUCGGGCCCUCCAGUUACCGUCGAUCUCCACUGCGAUGAGACGCUUUUGUGCAGAAAAUGGCAAACUUCCGUCGGACUUAGAAGGAUUUAGACCAAGUUUGACAGCAUUAAUUAGUUAUUAGCUGCACGGCCUGUCCCGGAGCAGGAAUUAUGUAUGUAUAAUAAUAAAAUAAUAAUGGACGGCGACAAGAUACAAAUACACUGCCGUGCCCCCGGUUUUGGCCUGGUAGAGAGGCAAUAGAAGCUCCCUCACGAGUCAUCAGCACUCAUGGAUGACCUCUCUAGAACUGCGACAGUUCGUUCGACACGGGAGGAUACCGUCACUCGAGUCUACAGCGGCCAGCACCUCGAUGACCAGACCGUAUACCAUGAAGACGAAUACCAUGCAGAGGACAGCUUCGACGACGACGAAAAGAGGCCCCUUCCGCAAGGCAGAAAAGGCAGCGAAGGCUCAGAGUCUCUCAGCAGCGAUGAGGAGUCUCACGAUGGCCCCGUUCUAGAAAAUGAUGCAGGCAUCAUGACCGAACGCGAUACUGAUCUGGAAGCCGGCCCUCGAGAAAAUUUGGAAAAGACAGGCACGCGCAAGUCGCAGAGAUCCCAACGAGAUCCCAAGCUGGUUACCUGGGAAGGCCCCGAUGAUCCAGAGAACCCCAAGAACUGGCCCAUGAAGAGGAAAUGGGCAGCCACAUUCGUUGUCUCAUGCUUCACUUUCAUCUCCCCCGUCUCGUCCUCUAUGGUAGCUCCCGCCCUGACCACCAUUGCCGCCGAGUUCCACGUCAAAAAUGAAGUCGAAUCGCAGCUGAUGCUGUCUGUUUUCAUCUUGGCCUAUGCUGUCGGUCCCCUCUUCUUGGGGCCCAUGUCGGAAAUGUUUGGUCGCGUCAAAGUUCUGCAGCUGGCAAAUCUGUUCUAUUUGGCCUUCAAUAUCGGCUGCGGAGUGUGCACGUCCAAGAACCAGCUCAUUGCUUUCCGUUUCUUGUCCGGCCUGGGAGGCAGUGUCCCACUGGCGGUCGGUGGUGGUGUCUUGAGUGACUGCUUCAAACCGGAAGAAAGAGGGAAAUCGGUCGCCAUCUACAGUCUUGCGCCUCUUCUAGGUCCCGCAGUAGGACCCAUUGCAGGUGGUUUCAUUACGGAGAAUACAACCUGGAGAUGGGUCUUCUAUGCUACGUCUAUUGCCGAUGCUGUGAUUCAGGUCGUGGGUUAUUUCUUGCUGCAAGAGACCUAUGCUCCACAGAUUCUGAAAAUGAAGGCGAACAAGAUCCGCAAGGAUACCGGAGACCCGACCUGGCAUACCGAAUUCGAAACCCCGGACAAGACGGUCUUCAACGUCCUCCGUGUAUCAAUGGUGCGACCUUUCCGUCUAUUGGGCACACAACCCAUCGUUCAGGCCCUGGCUGUCUACAUGGCUUACAUGUAUGGCUUGAUGUACUUGAUGCUGUCUACCUUCCCCACCCUGUGGACAAGCCCGGAGUAUUACAAUGAAUCCAUUGGUAUCGGAGGUCUGAAUUACAUCUCCCUGGGUGUUGGGUUUUUCCUUGCCUCGCAGAUCUGCGCCCCCUUGAACGACCGUAUCUACCGCCUCUUGAAGGCUCGAAAUAACGGCGUCGCGAAACCAGAGUUUCGCACACCACUGAUUGUUCUCGCGGCGACUCUCAUGCCCAUCGGUCUCUUCAUCUACGGCUGGACAGCCCAAUACCACACGCAUUGGAUCGCACCGAAUAUUGGCGCUGCCAUGUUCUCCGCGGGCGUAAUCGUCGGGUUCCAGUGUAUCCAGACGUAUAUUGUAGACUCAUACACCCGUUUCGCAGCCAGUGCUUUGGCAGCAGUAACGGUUCUCCGAUCUCUAGCAGGCUUCGGGUUUCCUCUAUUCGCGCCGUAUCUGUACCAGGCGUUGCAUUACGGAUGGGGAAACAGUCUCCUGGCAUUCGUCGCCAUUGGCAUUGGCGGACCCGCUCCAUUCCUGCUAUGGAAAUAUGGAGAGAAAAUGCGCAAACUGAGUCCGUAUGCAGCGGGCGCCUAAAAGUGAUGUUCUGUUUCUUAUGCUCGAUGUUCACGGUGUCAUGGUACGGUACACGCAUAGACUGCAUCGCGAUGGCGUUGAGUGUGGUUCAUGUACGAAUUUCAUAUAGACAAAUAGUACAUAAUAUUAUUUCUCCCUCUAAACAUGCACCCAUCCACCAAUUCCAACAAAAGUCCAAAUAGAGCCCUUCUCACCAAAGACACAACGAAAAACAAUAG